UCCCAAAUGAAAUGCGUCACAUAAACAUGUAUGAAUUUCGUCAUAGCAAAUGUCAUUCCUAAUUCCUAAACUAUCCAAUCAACUUUCCUAUUAAAUACGAACCUCACACACCUUACAUUUUCUAUCCUAAUCCACAGUAUGAAUAACACAACACCCAAUCCCAAUCCCCGUCAUGUCCUUUUAGUUACACAUUGUGCUCAAGGCCACAUCAAUCCCACCCUCCAACUCGCCAAGCGCCUCACCCGCCAUGGGGAUCUCCAUGUCACCUUCCUCAUCUCUCUAUCCGCCUACCGCCGUAUGGGUCAUACCCCAACUCUCCCACAUAUCACUUUUGCCUCCUUCUCCGAUGGCUACGAUGAUGGUUUCAAACCCAGUGACGACAUUAAGCUUUAUAUAUCCGAGCUUGAGCGUCGUGGAUCUGAUGCUUUGAAGAAUAUAAUCCAGGAGAGUAGAAACAAAGGUCAACCCUUCACUUGUAUCGUGUAUUCCAUACUCAUCCCUUGGGUGGCUACGGUGGCACGUUCCCUCGAUGUUGCGUCGGUUCAUCUUUGGAUUCAACCGGCUGUCGUUUUCGCAUUGUAUUACUAUUACAACAACGGAUAUUACGACGAAAUUCAAAGGAUUGCCUCUGGGGAUGAUCCUAGUUCAACGAGUAUUAAAUUACCUGGGCUUCCAUUGUUGAGUGCUCGUGAUCUUCCAUCAUUUUUUGGUGCUUCAGAUGGUUAUUCUUUUGCACUCCCAAUGUUUAGGAAGCAAUUUGAAUUACUAGAGGAAGAGAGUAAUCCAAAGAUUUUAAUCAACACAUUUGAAGAGCUGGAGAAAGAUGCCGUGAAAGCAAUUAAGAAAUUUCAUUUGAUGCCUAUCGGACCAUUGAUUCCAUCUGUUCUUGUUGAUGGAAAUGACCCAUCAGAAGCUUCUUCUGGAUGUGACCUAUUUCGAUCUACGAGCAGUUAUAUGGAGUGGUUGAACUCGAAACCUAAAGCAUCAGUUGUCUACGUAUCAAUGGGAAGCAUUUCAACAGUAUCAAAGCAACAAAAAGAGGAGAUAGCGAGAGGAUUAUCAUUAACAAAACGACCAUUUUUAUGGGUUAUCCGAAACAUUGAAGAAGAAGAAGAUUUUUUAAGCUUUAAAGAAAAACUAGAAACUCAAGGUAAAAUAGUUUCAUGGUGUGCUCAACUUGAGGUUCUCUCAAGUCCAGCCACAGGCUGCUUUCUCACACAUUGUGGUUGGAAUUCUUGUUUGGAGAGUCUAGCUUGCGGUGUCCCAAACGUGGCAUUUCCACAAUGGUCCGAUCAAGCGACCAACAGUAAGAUCAUUGAGGACUUGUCAGAGACCGGGGUGAGGUUAGAGGUGGAGGAAGAGGGCGUGGUUAAGGGAGAGGAGAUAGAAAGGUGCUUGGAGUUGGUAAUGGGAGAUUCAAAGAAAGGAGAAGAAAUAAGGAGGAAUGCUUUGAAAUGGAAGAAAUUGGCUAAGGAAGCUGCUAGUGAGGGUGGUUCAUCGUUUGCCAAUUUGAAGGCUUUUGUGGAUCACGUAUGUUCUUAGUGGUUGAGUUCAAGAUGCAACCCAUCAUCAAAAUUAAUUACAUACAAUUUCUAGUACCGACGUUACUAUUUCGUUUUUAAAAUAGUGUCGUGUGGGGUUCAACCACAUUAUUAUCAUGCAUGUCUAUUUAAUAUUUAUGAGAACAUAUUUCUAAAAAAAUAUUUGACACGUGCAUAUAUUACUUUA